AUGCAAGGGGGAGUCGGAGGCUUGAGGCACCACACAAUGCAAUACCCCGCGACAGCGAGGCUCCUUUGCACGUUUGUUCAGAAGCAAGCACCUGAGCAUUGCUUCACGACUAUCUCACUGUUUGAAAACGUCAAGACCCCGAUGCACCGUGACGGCCGAAAUGGAUACCCCUACAAUGCCGUGUGGGCCAUUUCGACUUUCAAAGGGGGUCAGAUUUGGGUUCAGGAUUGCGGAGGUUCUGUUGCUCGGUUGGUAGGUGACUCUUCCUUCCACGGCAACUUGCAUGAGCUGUCCGACACCUCGCCGUUGGUCUUCAAUGCCCGUGAGCGAUACCACUGUACUGAAGAUUGGGAGGGGAUAAGACUCGUUUUGAUUGCCUUCAGUGUGUGCUCGCUCAACAAGAUCAGCGCCGAGGAAAUUGAGGCAGUUCGUGAGUUAGGCUUUGUGCUUCCUCUGAGCGACGAGCUCGCCGGAGAGGUCGACACGUCGGCACAUGUGACUGAAACCCCUCCCAUGGAACCUUUCCGUCCUGAGGCUUGUGGGAACGCAGGUCCCACGUGGCCUGGAGAUUCGGGGCCGUUCACUGACGGCUUCGGACUUUGUUCGCCCACACGUUGGAAGCCGGGGGCAAGGGGUCGGCGGCUGGCAGUGGGGGCACAGCGCCUUGCCAAGGCUUUGCACAUGUUGGUCAAGUCCUUCGUGCUCAGAGCUGCGCCCGACCCCGAGCGCAUGGCUAUGGAGUUGGUGCUUGGGCGGUUUCAGGCUUCACCGUUUCCUGCAAAAGAAAUGAAGGACCUUCGGCGCCGUUGGUUCGGGUUGUUAGGUGAUUUAGGGGUUGAUUUUAGUUCUGUUCCCAGCGGGCAGCCUUUCUAUCUCCACGCAAUCGCCCGCACUGCCGAGUUGCUUGAGGAUCCUGACUGGGAGAUUAUCACGGAAGGAGAGGACAACUUCGUGAGAGGCGUGCCGAUUGGGGUGGAUGCACCCAUCCCCCAUGUGCCCCAGGUUUUCGAGCCCAAGGUUAAGUCACGGCGUCUAGACGCGUCAGAGUUUGAGUGGGAUCGGGACAACUACUCUAGUGCCCUGGAGUCAGAGGAGGCCUUGCUUGAAAAGUUCCGCGAAGAAGAGAGCUUGGGAAGGAUGUACCCCACUACUCUGGGUGCGUUGCGUCAGGAAUUUGGGGAGGCGAAUAUUCGAAUCGCUUCGUUGGGUGCCAUUCGCAAACCUGACAACUCAGCACGUCCGCUCCACGACGGAACGCACGGAGUGCAAGUGAAUAAUAAUAUUCGCCUUCUCAGUCAGCAAGCAGUGCCCGGCCCCGCUGACAUAGCCUACAUGGUGGAUGAGCCUGUCAAGUGCGGGGAGGUCCCCUUUGUGGUCUCCGCUGAUGUGGCUUCUGCACAUCGGCUGUGUAAGGUCCGCCGGGCCGAUUGGCCUUUCCUCGCUUGCCGCGCAGUUGAGGGCUCAAAUACGAUUUGGGUAAACACCGUAGGAACGUUUGGCAUCUCCUCUGCAUCGUUCUGGUGGGCUCGCUUAUUCGGCAUAAUUGGCCGGACAGUGGCCCGCUGCCUUUUGCAAUCCUGGUUUUAUCAGAUCGUUUACGUGGAUGAUUUACUAUCCACCUUUGGAGGGCGGCAAAGAUAUGUGAACUCACUGAUGUGGCUUGCGCUCUACGAGAUGAUGGGGACGCCGUUCUCAUACAAGAAGUUCAAGGGAGGUUGGCGGGUGCAGGUCAUAGGCUAUGAGUUGGACUUUCAGAGUCAUGCACUGGGCAUCACAGCUGCUCGUGGGAAAUACAUUGCUGAUUGGGUGGAGAAGGCCAAGCAAUCCCACUAUGUGGUCCAGACCCGUGACUUUAGCGAAUUCUUAGGUCGGUUGGGUUUUGUGGCGAGGGUACUUCAUUGGCUUAAACCACACUUAGCCCCUUUGUACGCUUGGUCCGCCGCAACAGCCCCGGGCUUGACUGCCACUUUGCCUUUGACGGUGAUUCUUGUCUUGAGCUAUGUCAACAUGCUCCUCAGCCGUGAGUCCUACAAGAUCAGUGCAGCACAGCCCACCGUGCAUCGGGAAGCUGCUUUCCAUACCGAUGCGAAAUGUGCAGAUGGUUUUGUAGUGCUGGGAGGUUGGGAAAGUUUAGGAAAGGCUCCGAAGGAUGCUAAGUGGUUCUCUUUGAAGUUGGGUCCUAAUGAGGUGCCGUACCUCUUCGACGAAAAGGGGGGUUCGCAGUGGGCCUCAGCUUCAGCAGAGCUUUUGGGGACGCUAGCUGCGUUGUUUGCAUUCGGUUGGUUGCAGCCCACCUUUCGCCAGCGUCGCCUCCCAGUGAAUGUGACGGCAGCUACAGACAACCGUGGCAAUGAGGCCUUGCGGCGUAAGCUCUCAACGACCAAAUGGCCACUGAUGUUGGUGAACAUCCAGCUUUCCGACCUGCUGAUGGCAGCCGGGUUGACGUUGUCACUUAAUUGGAAGCCUCGGGAUGAGAACGUUUUGGCAGAUCAGCUCACUAAUGAAGUUUUCACCUCCUUUUCAGCACAGCAUCGUGUCAGUCUCAGCUUCUCAGAUCUUCCCCUAGGGAUUUUGUCUGAACUUUGGGAGACCAAAAUGCAGUUCGAGUCUUCGCGCAAAGCGGCUCAGAUGGUGCGCACUGACAAGCACCCUCGAAAGAAGCAGAAGCACCAAAAGACGGCCUGGUGA